GUUUUGUGGUUAUAUAUAAACAUACAUGUAUAAAUAGUUCUUUAAAGACAAAAUGGAAUCGCUCGUACGUGCUGCUUUGUAACCCACCCUUUUUACUUUGAUUCUGGCGAGCAUGUAUUUAGUUGCUCUCAUUCCGUGUGACUCAAGCCUUGAUAUUCUUCGUCCCACUUCCGUGUUCUUACGCGGAGAGAGGCUUGGGCGCUGCGUGUGUGGAGGGGUCCAUCCGCCUACCUCGCCGCUGACCUUGGGGGCUGGUGUUCACUCCUCUCCCCCAAAGCCCUGUGCGGCCCGCCUGGGGGCCUGCCUGUGUGGGAAGGAGCUUGAGCCCGUGGCUGUGGGGGACUCACCCUCUCUCCCUUUCUUCCCUUGUCCCUCUCAGAGCCUGCGGCCCGCAUCCUCCCGCCACAGCCCUGCCCGUCUUGGCCCCAUGCCCCCGCCAGUCAGCCCCGGGCCACAGGCAGUGUGUCGGCACGUGGGAGCCGAGGCCCUGUGACCAGGCCGAGGAGGCGAGGGCUCUGUGGUCCCAGUCACCUGUCCCCCCAUGGAGCUGAGGCCCUGGUUGCUAUGGGUGAUAGCAGCAGCGGGACCCUUGGUCCUGCUGGUGGCUGAUGCCCAUGGCCAGCAGGUCUUCACCAACACCUGGGCUGUGCACAUCUCUGGAGGCCCGGCUGUGGCUGACCGCCUGGCACGCAAGCAUGGCUUCCUCAACCAGGGCCAGAUCUUCGGCGACUAUUACCACUUCUGGCACCGAGCUGUGACAAAGCGGUCCCUAUCGCCUCACCGCCUGCGGCACAGCCGGCUGCAGAGGGAGCCUCAAGUACAGUGGCUGGAGCAGCAGGUGGCAAAGCGACGGACCAAACGCGACCUGUACCUGGAGCCCACGGACCCCAAGUUUCCCCAGCAGUGGUACCUGUCUGGCGUCACCCAGCGGGACCUGAACGUGAAGGAGGCCUGGGCCCAGGGCUACACGGGCCGCGGCAUUGUGGUCUCCAUCCUGGACGACGGCAUCGAGAAGAACCACCCGGACUUGGCGGGCAAUUAUGAUCCGGGGGCCAGUUUCGAUGUCAACGACCAGGACCCUGACCCACAGCCUCGGUACACACAGAUGAAUGACAACAGGCAUGGUACACGGUGUGCGGGCGAAGUGGCCGCGGUGGCCAACAACGGCGUCUGUGGCGUGGGGGUGGCCUACAACGCCCGCAUCGGAGGGGUGCGCAUGCUGGAUGGUGAGGUGACAGACGCCGUAGAGGCACGCUCGCUGGGCCUGAACCCCAACCACAUCCACAUCUACAGCGCCAGCUGGGGCCCCGAGGACGAUGGCAAGACUGUGGACGGCCCAGCUCCACUCACCCGGCAGGCCUUUGAAAACGGCCAGCCAGGUGAGGGCCGCGGGGGGCUGGGCUCCAUCUUCGUCUGGGCCUCGGGGAACGGGGGCCGGGAACACGACAGCUGCAACUGCGACGGCUACACCAACAGCAUCUACACGCUGUCCAUCAGCAGCGCCACGCAGCUGGGCAACGUGCCCUGGUACAGCGAGGCCUGCUCCUCCACGCUGGCCACCACCUACAGCAGCGGCAACCAGAACGAGAAGCAGAUCGUGAGUCGCCCGUGGGCGCGGGGAAGCGGGCUGCUCGCCAGCUCUGCCCAGACCCAUCUGCCUCCCACCCGCACGCGGCUGGUGACACAGUGGCUCCUGCAUCGUGGUGUGGGAGUUGGGGGGCUCUCUGAGACUCUUGGGGGCCGUGGAGCCCCUGAGAAGUGUAGACUCUCCCUAAAAACAAUCGUUCUUCACCUGGCCAUCCACCUGGUCAGCCCCAUGGGCACCCGCUCCACUCUGCUGGCCGCCAGGCCACAUGACUACUCGGCGGAUGGGUUUAAUGACUGGGCCUUCAUGACAACCCAUUCCUGGGAUGAGAACCCCUCUGGCGAGUGGGUCCUGGAGAUUGAAAACACCAGCGAAGCUAACAACUAUGGUACGCUGACCAAGUUCACCCUCGUGCUGUAUGGCACGGCGCCCGAGGGGCUGCCCACGCCGCCCGAGAGCAGCGGCUGCAAGAUGCUUACGUCCAGCCAGGCCUGUGUGGUGUGCGAGGAAGGCUUCUCCCUGCACGAGAAGAGCUGCGUCCAGCACUGCCCCGCGGGCUUCGCCCCGCAAGUCCUCAGCACGCACUACAGCACCGAGAACGACGGGCUGCUGCCCUCGCACCUGCCUGAGGUGGUGGCCGGCCUCAGCUGCGCCUUCAUCGUCCUGGUCUUCAUCACUGUCUUCCUGGUCCUGCAGCUGCGCUCAGGCUUCAGCUUCCGGGGGGUCAAAGUGUACACCAUGGACCGCGGCCUCAUCUCCUACAAGGGGCUGCCCCCCGAGGCCUGGCAGGAGUGCCCGUCAGACUCCGAGGACGACGAGGGCCGGGGCGAGAGGACCACCUUUAUCAGAGACCAGAGCGUCCUCUGACGAGCGCCCGCCGCCGCCCCUCCGAGCCCGUCCCCUCCUUGGGCACUUUUUAAUUCACCAAAGUAUUUUUUUAUCUUGGGACUGGGCUGGGACCCAGCUGGGGAGGCAAAGGGGUCAGGGAUGGCUUCCCACCUGACCCUCGGGCCUCCUGGCUGCCUGAGGUGGGGCCCCAGGACCAGCCGGGGGGCAGGGGAGGGCCUCCCCCCACCCCCAGCCCCCUCUCUGCGAGGGAAGGAGUGAAACCUUAAGGACAGCUUUCCAAGCUGUCCAGGCCUCAGUCGGAGCUCCCUGCGGCGUAAAGAGGGGAAGCCCUUCCCUCGGGGUUCCUGACCCGGUUGCAGCUCCGGCUGCUUCCCUGUCCCUCUAAAGCAAUAAUGGUCCCCAACCAGGCAGCAGGGAGGCUGACCAAGGGACAUGUGAGGAGGAGGCCACCUCUCCAAGGGCUUGCGCAUCCCCGACACGGCCCCCACCUCUGAUGAGCCUCAGGCAGAAGCAGUGAUGGAAGGAAGGGACCAAGGCGAGGCAGGUGCUUCCAGGGUGUGUGUGCGCGCACGUGUGCGUGUGUGUCUCUGCUCACCACAGCUGGCUGCCCGCUGAGCGAGGCCGGUCCAGCCAAGCCCCACGCUGGCGUCCUGACCACCCCCUCCUGCCGGGGCCUAAGUCCCUGUUUUCUGAGCCCGGGGCUGCCUGGGCUGUUGGCACCCAGUCCCGGAGCCCCUGGGUGGGUGUUGGGGAGGGACGGUGGCCCAGCCGGCCUCUCCCGCCUCCCACCCAAUGCUGCUUUCCCCUGUGGGGAUCUCAGGGGCUGUUUGAGGAUAUAUAUUUUCACUCUGUGAUUAUUUCACUUUAGAUGCUGAUUUUUUCUCUUUUUUUUUUUUUGUAUUUUUAAUGGGGGUAGCAGCCGGACCACCAUCUCCCCACACCCACUUUCCACCCUGCUAUUCUCCCAGCUGCUCUGGCCCAGAGGUGUUGGGGGGGCUGCAGCAUGUUGCUGGGGAGUGCGGUGUAGCUGAGCCCCAAGUUCUGAGGAGGCUGGCCAGGGGGGGCCCUUGGAAAUGGGGAUCGUGGUGGGAGGGGCGACUGUUCAUGAUUCAGAUGGGGCUUGCCGUGCCGAGGGCUCAUGGGUCACUGGUUCUCCAAGUGCCAGGGGUGGGCAGGCGGCACCGUGCCCCCUCCAACACUGUGCCCUGGUGGAGAAAGCACUGGCCUGGCCUGCCCCCUCCCCCCCAAGUUCCGCUCUUCUGACGUGCCUUUUGCACCCCUCCCACUAGGACAAUCAGUCCCCUUCUGUUUGGGAGCCCUCUUCUUUCUCACCCCGGACCCCUCCUGGCACCCAGCCACCUGCCCAGGGGUGCCCGCUCCCCGCCUUCCCUUGUGGCCAGCCCAGCUGGUUUUGUAAGAUACUGGGUUGGUACACAGUGAUUUUUUUUUUCCUUGUAAUUUAAACAGGCCCAGCAUUGUUGGUUCUAUUUAAUGGAAACCGAUAAUAUUAGAAGUUUUAAAGUGAUUAAACUUGCAUACCUAUGCAAUCGAGA